AACUUCGUAAAAGAUUGACAAAGAAAAUGACAAAACAGGGCUUAUAUUACGCCUUAAACUCCUAUGAAUUCGAGUAAUCAACAAACUUCCUCAUCAAAAACCAUAAUUAAUUAAAAACCUUUUUCCUUUCGAAAAAUCCUAACUCCCCACCUCUCCUCCCACGUUACCUUCAACCUCAAUUCUUUCUCUCUCUAAAAUAACUCUCCAUCUUUCUCUCUCUAAUUAAAACUUAAACCGUUAAACUCGCUAAUUAGCAAACACAGCUAAAAAAAACAGAGAGAAACAGAGAAAAAGAAUACAAAACAUUCAUUUAUUGAUCAAACCCACAAUUUUUAAUGCAGAAAAAAACUUUCUUUCAGUUAAUUUUGUAGUUGAUCAUUGAAUGGUUUAAUUGGGUACUCUCUUUUUUUUCUGUAAAUAUAUUUUUUAUAGAGAGAGAAAGUGAAUGAUGCAGAAACGAAGGUUGAUAACACUUGCAGUACUCAGAAAGUUGCUAACUUGCGCCAUAUGUACAAUAGGGUUAUUAGCACUUUUCUCUGUUCAUGUCCCCAGAGUUCCCAGGUUGCCUGAUCCCUACAAACUCCCAACGUCACAUGAAACUAAUAUUCCAAAAUUAAAUGCUGAGCAAGAAUUUGAAUACGAAAAGGCACCUCCACAUAUAACAAAACCUCCACUUUCUUCAAAGUUGGUUGGUCCCAGUAGAAAAUUGGACUAUGACAAAUUAUGGAAGAAGCCUCCAAAUCGUGAUUUUUUGCCUUGUGUUGAGCCUAGUGAUGUUUAUACACCGCCUACAGAAUCAAGGGGUUACCUGCUUGUUCAUACUAAUGGCGGUCUUAAUCAAAUGAGAGCCGGGAUAUGUGAUAUGGUAGCUGUGGCCCGGAUCAUUAAUGCGACUCUUGUGAUCCCGGAACUUGAUAAGAGGUCAUUUUGGCAAGAUUCAAGCAACUUUGCAGAUAUUUUUGAUCAAGAUUAUUUCAUUAAGGCUUUGGCUAAUGAUAUCAAAGUAGUUGAGAAGCUACCACAGGAACUUUUGACUGCUCCCAGAGCAGUGAAACAUUUUCGAAGUUGGUCUGGGUUAGAUUACUACCGGAAUGAUAUAGCUGGCAUGUGGAACAACUUUCAGGUGAUCCGAGCUGCCAAAUCUGAUUCUCGCUUAGCAAAUAAUCAUCUCCCUCCUGAUGUUCAGAAGUUACGCUGCCGUGCCUGUUAUGAAGCCCUCCGCUUUUCCCCCAGGAUUGAAGCAAUGGGAAAAUUACUAGUGGAGCGAAUGAGGAAUUAUGGUCGCUAUAUUGCUUUGCACUUGCGGUAUGAGAAGGACAUGCUUGCAUUCAGUGGCUGCUCACAUGGAUUGUUUCCUGAGGAAGCUGAUGAGCUGACUAUGAUUAGGCAAAAUACUACGCAUUGGAAAGUGAAGGAUAUUAAUGCCACAGAACAAAGAAGCAAAGGGUUUUGCCCCUUGACUCCAAAGGAGGUUGGCCUUUUUUUAUCUGCACUUGGAUUUCCAUCCAACACACCCAUAUAUGUUGCGGCUGGAGAGAUAUAUGGUGGUGAAUCCCGUAUAGCUGAAUUACGGUCUCGUUAUCCCAUCUUGAUGAACAAGGAGAAAUUAGCAUCUAUAGAGGAACUCGAGCCUUUUGUCAACCACGCAUCUCAAAUGGCUGCACUAGAUUAUAUUGUUUCUGUUGAAAGUGAUGUGUUCAUUCCUACAUACUUGGGGAACAUGGGAAGGGCUGUUGAAGGUCAUCGCCGAUACUUGGGUCAUAGAAGAACAAUUACGCCUGAUCGGAAGGCUCUUGUUCGCCUGUUUGACAAGGUCGAGCAAGGUUCCAUGAAAGAAGGGAAGAACUUGUCAUAUCGGAUAAUUGAGAUUCACCAGAGAAGGCAAGGGUCACCAAGAAGGAGAAAAGGUCCAAUAUCAGGAACAAAGGGUAUGGACAGAUUUCGUUCUGAAGAAGCAUUUUAUGAAAACCCUUUGCCAGAAUGUUUGUGUCAGAGGACGUCCUUACAUAUGAAUUCUUCUGCUAUAAAAUAAGGGACCUGAAGAAAUGAUCUGGGAAUCAACACACCCAGGGAUCUGCAAUUCCUUGUACUUCAGAAGUGUAGAGAUGGUGCAUAUUCCAUAUGCUCACUCUAACUGUCAACUGUGACCAACGCCUUCGGAUUCUGACUGCAAUUCAAAGUGCAUAUCCAUAUGAACCGUGGUCUAAAUAUUAUGUGAUCGGCUAGGACGAAAGGAGAAGUUGGGUGCGCUCGUUGAGAAUUUGGCCUCCAGUUUUAUUAGGGAGGCUGAAUUUGUAAAUUUUCUUUACCAAGGUUGCCAUAGUGUGAGGUGAGCACAGUAAUUAAGAAAGCGAUUUUUUUGGGGGGUGGGGGGAUAGAUCUUUCACCCCAGUAGGCUACCCGAUAGUCCAAUACCUUGCUGCAUAUGCAACUUCAAUGGGUAGUAAAAAGCAUAUACAUGUAUAGUUCUAUCUGUUAUUUAUUCAAAUUUACAUAAGAUGCAAUAAAAAUGAAUUUGAAGAU